AUGGCUGAUGAGGUAGUCAAGGCUAACACACACAAUGUCAUGCAAUUUGAUCGCGAAAGAUUAUGUUUCAUGGUGCAGAAAAAAAUUAAUCAACACGAUGGUCGUCCAACGGGUACUUACAGCAUUGACCUGAGGAAUCGUUCGUGUGACUGUGGAAAAUUUCAAGCAUUUCACUUGCCUUGCUCCCACGUGAUCGCGACAUGUUCUAGCAUACAACAAGACUACACAAUUCACAUUCCAGAGGUCUUCACAGGACUCAACGUAUUCAAAGUCUACAAAGAAAGCUUCUUGAGACUACCGCACGAGGAGAACUGGCCAAAAUAUGAAGGUUUUACUCUAUGCCACGACGAUUCCAUGAGAACAAAGAAAAAGGGACGUCCAACUAGUAGUAGAAUUAGAACUGAGAUGGACGACGCUGAAAAAGAAAAAAGGUGUGGGAUUUGCAGAGAAAUAGGUCAUAUGCGUAGAAAAUGUCCUAAUGUUGUCGGUCCGUCAAACCGACCACAUAGAUAA